AUGAAGGGUUUCAGACAGAGAGUGCACGACCAGUUGUCGCGGGCGAAGGACAACAAAUCCUCGAAAAAGAAAGACGCCAACUCCACCUCACAGAAUCAGUCCCUCGGCAUUUCCAACACACAGCAGUCUACUUCCCCCAACCAAGGGACACCCACAUCCUCCACAACGUCUCUCAACGACUCGCGAAACAAAUCGCCGGACAACGCUCCCCCGCCGGUACCCCUUCCGCGGGCGCACCUCACCCUGGCACCCCGGUUCAACACUAUAUACCCCAACCGGGCGCCGCAGGACAGCCUCGUCAUCAUUAGCCCAAGCGCACCGCAUGUCCCCCCUCCUGGCGCCGCCGAAACAAUGCCCGGAGAUCUCGCACCUCCUAGGAAGUCUCAUGUCUUCGACCGCCUACAGACGACUCCUAAGGACAUGUCGGAAGGUAUCCGGACUCCCAAGCGCCAACAUUCAUCGCGAUUCGACAUCUCCGAUCAGCGUCAGAGAGAAUUGGAAAAGUUGCCGGGAUUCCACGAAGUGCCUCCCAACCGGCGCCAAGAUUUGUUCAUGCAAAAGAUCGACCAGUGCAACAUCAUCUUCGAUUUCAACGACCCGACGGCUGAUAUGAAGUCCAAGGAGAUCAAGAGGCUGGCACUACACGAGCUCUUAGAUUACGUUGCCAACAACCGGUCGGUCAUUACAGAGCCCAUGUACCCCCGCGUGGUGGAGAUGUUCGCCAAGAACCUGUUCCGUCCUAUUCCUCCGCCUAUGACGCCCCAGGGCGAAGCAUUUGACCCGGAGGAGGACGAGCCCGUCUUGGAAGUCGCUUGGCCCCAUAUCCAGGUCGUAUAUGAAUUCUUCUUGAGAUUCAUCGAAAGCCAGGAUUUCAACACGAAUAUCGCGAAGGGUUAUAUCGACCAUCAGUUUGUGCUUUCGCUGUUGGACCUUUUUGACUCGGAAGACCCCCGGGAACGUGAUUUCCUGAAGACAACCCUGCAUCGCAUCUAUGGAAAGUUCUUGAACUUGCGCUCAUAUAUCCGCCGAUCCAUCAACAACGUGUUCUUCCAGUUCAUGUACGAGACAGAGCGCCAUAACGGAAUCGCUGAAUUGCUCGAGAUUCUGGGCUCCAUCAUCAACGGGUUCGCCUUGCCGCUGAAGGAGGAACACAAGCUCUUCUUGACUAGAGUGCUCCUUCCCAUGCACAAGGUGAAGAGUCUGAGCAUGUACCACCCGCAAUUGGCCUACUGCAUCGUGCAAUUUUUGGAGAAGGACUCUUCAUUGACUGAAGAUGUUGUUCUUGGCCUACUGCGCUUCUGGCCUAAGACAAACAGCACCAAGGAAGUUAUGUACCUGAAUGAGGUGGAAGACAUCUUCGAGGUGAUGGAUCCGGGCGAGUUUGCCAAAGUCCAAGAGCCUCUGUUCAAUCAGUUGGCCAAGUCUGUUGCCAGCCCCCAUUUCCAGGUCGCUGAGCGUGCUUUGUACUUCUGGAACAACGAGUACUUCUGUAACCUUGUCAGCGACAAUGUGGAGACAAUUCUCCCACUUAUGUUUGCUCCACUUUAUGAGAACUCAAAGGGGCACUGGAACCGAACAAUCCACAGCAUGGUGUACAAUGCCAUGAAGAUGUUCAUGGAAAUCAACCCGCAACUCUUCGACGAAUGCUCUCACGAUUACACCGAGCACCAGAACAACGCAGACCAACGCGAAAAGUCUCGCACAGACCGGUGGGAUGUGAUUGAACAACAGGCCAAAGAUCGGAAGAAUGGCAUUCCCCCACCACCACCUCCCGCUCUUGAUGUGCCCGAGCCGAUCGACGAGGUGGAGGCCAUGACCCACGAGAGCCAAAAGCGGUUGAACUCCCUGAAGUUACAAGAGGAUCCCGAUAUUUCCAAGGAUCGGCCCAGCCGGGAAGGCACACCUAAUUCGCGUGAUUCUAACGUGAAAACGUCCGUUUGCUCCAGACACGACGCCGAGGCUCGAUUCGCAACACUGGCCGGCGGCGACGGAGCGGAAGCGGCAGUGAGAUUCGCCCGCGACGACGAUCAGUCGGCAGUGGUACCAGUGCAACCAAUGUACAGAUCAUGCAUCGAAGCAAUUCGACCAAAUAAUGUCUUGGAGGAGAUGGACCGUUGA